AUGAUGGACAGGCCUCAGCCAACUUUGACGAACGGUUUUGCUGACAAUUCCAGCCGAGAAAGACUGAUGUCUCUAGUCACCCUCGAAUGCUGUGACCAAUGCACCUGCCUCAAGCCAAGUCAACAAUUUGUCUUCAUCAAAACACACAAAACAGGUAGUAUGACCACCGUAAACAUUUUCCAAAGAUAUGCCAUCAACCACAACCUCACGUCGUUGAUAGCUAGAGCGAGGAGUUACGUCUCUUGGCCGUUCCCUCCAGCCGAAGCAGACUAUGUGCACACUACAGGGGAACAUUACGACGCCUUGUUUGGUCAUAUGGUGUACAACAAAACAUGGCUGCAGUCCAAGUUCCCCUCCAACACAGCCUAUAUCUCACUCAUUCGAGAACCCUUCAGUCAUCUGAAGUCGUGCAUGAGCUUCUAUAGUAUUCCCAAGCUACUGAACAUCACAUCUACAAAUCCCAUCAAGACCUUUCUGCGAGAUCCGUGGAAGUACCAAAACCUGUCUGAGGCCUUCUUCAGCUUCUGUAAUGUGACCUGGGACGGCACCAGAAACCAUCUGGCCUUUGACUUAGGCUACCCUACUGAAGGAGCGGAUGAUAUGGAGGCAGCUGAAGCAUACAUUAAAGAAUUAGAUGAAGACUUCACACUCGUUCUGCUGCUAGAACACCUUGACGAGUCUUUAGUUCUCCUAAGACGCCUCAUGCGCUGGGAAAUACAAGACGUCCUGUACGACAUCAUACCGAAGAACGUCCGGAAUUACACCUACAAAUCCUACACCCCUACCGCAGAGGAGCUGGCCAACCUCCGGAAGUGGAAGGCUGUGGAUUACCGUCUGUACGACAUGUUUAACAGGUCAUUGUGGCGGAAAAUUGAGGCAGAGGGUCCUGAUUUCUACCAGGAGCUCCAGUACUACAGAGAACUAAAAACGAACGUCAGCUUCUACUGUCAUGUACGGCCGAAAAGGAAGUCCAACCUCACAUUUACUGUGAAACCCUCCCAGUGGAGCCCAGAGUUUGUCCUUGAUGCCGACUAUUGUUGGGAAAUGGCAGCACGGCUGGGGGAUGGAGAAGGUGAGAGCAUUAGCUUUAGAGACAGGGACAAGGUCAUGUGGGAGGUGGUCUUUCUGGAGUAUCUGUUUGAAGAUUUGCAGGGUGGGUAG